ACCAACAGUGGAAGGAGUCAGUCGUGCUAUGAUUGAAAGAAACAGUGAUCAUACAUUCUAGCGGCACGCCAGAAAAGGAUAUAGUGAUUAUGAAAUGUAAAUUACAGCAUCUUAAACUCGAUCAGCAGAACAUUUUUCUUAUUGAAGGCAGUUAAUUGAUUUCAAACAGCUUGUUGUGGAAAGCUUUUGCUCGACUGUCAGUGUGGUUCAAGCUGGAAUGUAUGGAAAAUAUCCUCAAUUUCCAUGGUGUGAAUCACUACUCGAAUCCUGCAGGGCCAGUACUUGGUUGCCAGCAGGAAAAGUAUGAGAGAAGCGAAAAGUGUGUGUGUGUGUGCGAGGGCUUCAAAGUGCGGUUGCAUAGAUGGUACACCGUAGAGAGAGUAUUUCCUCGCUCUUAUUUUAGGAAGUACGGGUUUCAUUUCUAAAGGAUACACGAGACAAACUAUUCGAGUGUCGCCCGUUGUAAAACGAGGGUCGAUCCGAAGAACGAUUAAACCUAACCCACCAAAAAGCUUCCAAUGGGGGAUCCUUAGGAUGCAGCAUUCAUUUUCACUUUUUGAUCAUCGUUUUUUCGUUAAUUGUGCACAAAGUAAAUGUUUGUGUUUCAACAAUUCAGUGCGUGUUCUACAAAGUUUUCCUCGCCAGACUUCAGCUCAAGCGAAUUAUGCUGUAUACGUUCCCGAUACCGAAAAAUUAAAUCUACUAAAGUUGUCAGUGAAAACCAGAUUGUACAGGAUUUAAGCUGUAGUGCAGUGUUCGAUUGAUUUUUUUUUAAUAAUGUGAAUGAAGUGCUAGUUAUUCAACGCUACCAACCUUUGAUUAGUUUUGUUAGUUUUAACAUCACGCUCUACCAACAAUGGUACUCCCAUUCUGUUGCACAAAAUACUAGUUCAGCGUUUGGAUUACUUGAUGUUGCAGAAAUAAUACAUUGUCCGUCAUGUGUUAUAAAUUAUGCAUCAAAGUGGCGCUCGUACUUAAUUAGCUUUAUACGCAAAUGGUAUUAGCGGAUCGAGUGACCUAUAAGACUUAGAGAAAAACUUAUUGCUGAUCUUCAUGGUGAAGGAGCAGUAAAACUCAUAUGAUUGAAUUAAGUACAAAAUAGCUGCCAAUACGGCAGGGGGAAUUGUAAACUACAAGAUAUACAGAUUUCCAAUAAUUGUGCCCGCUGCCAAUCUCGUCUCCUAUCUGCUCAAUAAACGCCACAAAACGAAACGUUCCGCGAAUAAACGGCGUCGGAGUGUCCGUGGACAAACCCGAACGCCGUGUCUUGUUUCAAUAUUACCGAUGUCCACUAAUGAGCCGGACUCGGCUGGAACAUCUUCACAUGGACUAAGACGCCGCACAACGCAAGGUCUACUAAAGCACGCGGAAGCAGCAGCUACAUCUACAGCCUCUGCAUCGGAAGCAGAAGCCGCGGUAGCCGCUUUGGCUUCGAUGAUGGAACCACCAGCCAGCAUUAUUAUGAAAGCUGCUGCAGCAGCGGCGGCGGCAGCUGCUAAGGCUGCCGCCGGAUCUGUUACCACUAAAGAGGAACCGGAUUGUGGGGAGAUAAACGAUCGUGUCGCAUCUUCAGUUGAUUCUAGUAUGGACAGUAGCGCGCUAGCAAAUUGCCUUUCGAGCACAAUCUCAUCCUUACGUAGUUCUGGGAAUUGUAGCACUGGAAAUGGUGGUGGAGGUGGUAAUAUUAGUGGAGGAGACGACAACUUGUCCGACAAUUCAGAAUCUACAUCUGGAGCAACGACUACGACGUCGAGUACCGCAGCAGCUCAAUUAUUGGAAAAUCUCAAACAUAAUCUGAACCAUCAUAACCACAACAAUAACAACUCAAGCGUGAUCAACAACAAUAAUCCACUUCACAUCAACAACAAUAACAACAACAAUGGCAACCGUAAGCUUUUUGAAUGUGAUGUUUGUAAUAUGAAGUUCUCCAAUGGAGCAAACAUGCGCCGGCAUAAGAUGCGCCAUACUGGUGUAAAACCGUAUGAAUGCCGAGUAUGCCAAAAACGAUUCUUCCGUAAGGAUCAUUUGGCGGAACACUUCACGACGCACACGAAAACCCUACCGUACCAUUGUCCAAUUUGUAAUCGAGGGUUUCAACGGCAGAUUGCAAUGCGUGCACAUUUCCAAAACGAACACGUUGGUCAGCACGACCUCGUCAAGACCUGUCCCCUAUGUAGCUAUCGGGCAGGUACGAUGAAAUCACUGAGAGUGCAUUUCUUCAAUCGGCACGGUAUCGAUUUAGAUAAUCCGGGACCUGGAACGCCGUCGUCAUUGCUACUUGCCCUUGAUCAACAUAACCCGGCAAACUUGUUGCCGGCGGCACUGGCAGCUAUGAACGCUGUCAAUGCCUCGUUUAGCGAUGGAAGUGCAGCAGCUGCGGCAGCUGCAGCAGCAGCCGAUUCUAUGCAGCGAUCAAUAGACAACGGCACACCGCCAAUGCACUUUCUAACCCCGCAUGUCGAAAUCUCGAUGGACAAUGCGGAUGAUGACAACAGCUUACCACUUAACUGUAGUCGUGACGGCCCCACCGGUACUGGAAAUUCCGCCGGAAAUCAACAGGAAUUACACCAAGGGAAUAGAUCGCACAACGGAACUCCUUUGCUGCAUUCAAACGGGCCUAGCCCUGGGGGCAACAAUGAUCGCAACACACCGACAACAUCAUCUACAUCUGCAACGAUCUCUUCUGCGCUGGACAUUCAUGCAAUUGUGCGGCCAUCUAAUGGUGGAACACCAAAUGUAGCGUCAACUGGAUCUCCGGUUGGUUCGCCUCAUUCGGCAGAUUCAAACGCUCCUUCCAGUUCCCAAUCUUCAUCGUCGUCGACGACUAAUACGAUGCUUCCGACAUUAGUACAAAGCUCAAGGCAUAUUAUUUUUGAUAACCCUAUUACACCAUCGAUUAGCUUAAUACCUAUAAAGCAGGAACCAACAACGAACGAUGAGUACAACGAUAUUAAACCAAGAAGCAGUAGUAGCGCCGAACCACCCUCUUCGAAUAUCAGUCAUUCAUCGGAAUGUGUAACUCCUUCGUCUAGUUUGACAUCAUUAAUCAAGGUAUCACCAUUGAAGUCAUUGUUGCGAGAAGACCUAAAGCGAAGAAUUUCGGCACGUGCCACAACUCGUGCAACCAGGAACGGAAUACUGGCCAGUAGUUCACCCAUUCCGACUAGUAGUCCCAUUCCAAAUAGUUCAAAUACUGUUACUCCUGGAGCUACUCAGGAUAGUGGCAAUGGAAGCAACAGUUCGAGCAGCUCAAGUAGCAGCUCCAGUAGUAGCUCUAGUAGCAGCAGCAGUAUAGCCGCUAUUGCUGCCGCAACUACCUCAAAUGGCACCAUCACCUCCACCGGACAGGAAACCGACCUACUACUAUCCCUGACCACCAAAUCGACACGAAACUUACAGUGUCUCUUUUGUGGCAUCGAGUUUCCGGAUCAAACUCUUUAUUUUCUGCACAAAGGAUGUCACAGUGAAAGCAACCCAUGGAAGUGCAAUAUUUGUGGAGAGCAAAUGAACAAUGUGUACGACUUCAACUCACACUUACUCAGUAAAAGUCAUCAAUGAUGUUAAGCGAGGGAAAGAGAAACAGUUUACUGGUGAUGUUUCUCUUUUUCUGAUCGCUUACUUAUCAUUGAACUAUCGUAAAUCUCACGAAUCGCCGUAAACUGUCGAGGGCUACCUUGAUUAAGAAACCUGGAUAAUGGCUUCCCUUCCAAGAACGCCUUGAAACGGUUGGAAAUGCAUCACUAGGAUCUACUACCAUUGUACAAGAAUCGUCCAGCGUACCUUUGUGUGUUGUACCAUUAGUAGUGCCGUACUACACAUAUUACGGCUGUGUGACUGCGUUCUGUAGUCCACAUUUCUUCAGGUUUCAGAAUGAUACAAGCAAUGGGUAAACGAACCAAUAGUAAAACGAACACGUGCCUACGACACAUAGCGAUGGCAACAAGCAUUGUUAUCGUUAUUCUAGUAGGUAAAAUUUGGCAGAUUUACAGUCCGUCCAGUAGCCUUUAAAAGGAAAUAGCAAAAUCGAAAGCAAAUAGGGAAAUUGAUGUGUAAUUUGAACAUCCUGUACGGUGUAAUGCAAGGAUAGAUAUUGAAUUCAGAAUGGAUAGUAGACCAUAUAUGAAAUGCAUGAAAAAUUGCUUAGUGGAAGCCUCCAAGGACUCAUUAUUUUCUUAUUCAAAAUAGCAUCGCACAGCAUCGAGACUCUGAAACAUACAGAUUAUAGCCAAAGCACAAAUUAUAUGAAGCAGAAAAAGAAUAGUAAGUGGAACGAGAAACAGCAACAGGCGAUUGAAUCCGUUAUGUCUGUUAGUGGAGCCCGACUAUCGGUUUUGUAACUGUUAUAUAUACAACACUGCAGUUGAUUUUGCAAUAUCCAGUGACUCAAAAUCACAACGCCUAAAUUACUAUCGGGCCAGAAAUGUAGCCAUAUUUUUAUGGUUACUAGGAAGUUUGCAACACCAGUAAACCAACUGCAGUGAUUCGUAUUUUAUUUUUUAAAUUCAGAUUCUUUAACAUUCUUCGAAUCAUGAAGCUGAUCAAGUAGAAUGGAUAACCCCUGCGAGGAGUUAAAUCAGAGUACGUAAUAGCUGACAACUUCGAUAUUUGAAUCAAUUGCACAGUAAUGAUUCUGACCCUGGGACAGUAAAGAAUUCAAUUCAGGAAAUCAUCAUUUAUAAAUUUUAGUACCACCGUGGCGAAACCGAUUUCACUGGAAAUGAAAAAAACGAAAAAUUCAAAGUAGAUUACAAUGUUUACUUAAGAAAUAUCCUUUUCCUUGCGUCACAAACCCUUACAUAUAGGUUUUCGGUUUUGUUUGUUAAGAUGUUAGAGGAUAAAAACAAUGUUUUGUUGAAAAUGUUUUGUUUGCUAUUGUUUUUUUUUUUCAAACCCAUGCUAAUAUGUAUGAUCCCCAUACAAGCAUCACCAUGAUUAGAAAAGCAAAACAUUCAACACGAUACAAUGUAAUACAAUUAGUCUUUUAAUGGUCGGUUCUGCACAAAAGCUCUUAAAAGGAUAUUAACUAAGUGUUUGUAUAAAGUGUGAUUCCUUUAUCCUAAUGCGGGCUGAAGAAGGUGUAGUAUAUAGGUGUGUAAGAUGUGUACGAAGGGAUGUGGAUUGUACAUAUUUGUGUGUGUGUGUGUGUGUGUGUGUGUGUGUGUGUGUGUGUGUGUGUGUGUGUGUGUGUGUGUGUGUGUGUGUGUGUGUGUGUGUGUGUGUGUGUGUGUGUGUGUGUGUGUGUGUGUGUGUGUGUGUGUGUGUGUGUGUGUGUGUGUGUGUGUGUGUGUGUGUGUGUGUGUGUGUGUGUGAAUGUGUGAUAUUAAAGAUGAAAUUUAUAUUUUGCUUCUUUUUUGUUACUGUUGUAGUAUGGUUUGUGUGUUCUGCUUUGUCGUUUUUUCUUGUCUGUUAUAAUCUGUAAUUUGCUUCAAAUAAUUUUCGUUCAACAUUUAUGCUAACCUGCUUAAAAAUAAAUAGUUCAUUGUACUUUUUGGUUCUUGAAAUUGAUUGGUUCUUGACUCCCAUUAUUAUGUAAGAAACUAGGAUAGCUGAAAUCAGGAAAGGAAAUAUGUAACAGAAAUAUUGUUCAAAUUUUACAAUAGAACAGUGUUGUUAUACCACAAUUGAAAUUGUGGAUUAUAUGAGCAACUAAACAGGACAAAAAUAUAAUUAUAUUUAUAUAAAAUCUUGUUGUUAUUAUAAAACGUAACUCAUAGAAGAAGUAUAGCAGAAACAGAGGUAAAAUCAUUGAUACAUAUUUUUCUUCUGUAGAUAAAGAUCUAAAACAAAUUAAGUAAUCCAAGAAGUGUUAUUUUCGUAUUUUUAUAGCUGCAUGUUGAAUAAACAAAGGACGACUUCUAAAGCAAAAAUUCAUCUCAUCACUCCCUCAAACUUGUUUCAAACUAAAUUGGUUCAACUACUCAGCACCUACCUUCACUAGAAUAUAGUGAUAUAGAAAUAUCAAACUGGCAUGGAAACAAAACACUUAACAAGCUGCUUGUUGUGAAUGUGAAAUGUGAAUUAUUGACCGAAAACUAUCCGGCGAUAUCGACCAUAGACAAAUUAGCAAAUCUUGUUGCAACAUUUCAUUCAUUCAUUUCAUGUAAUUCAUUUCAUUGUUCAAAUACUUAUCGAGGUAAUUUCAUGGCAUACCAUUCUUGUGCAGCUGUGUACGAAUUUCUUAUUUAUACCCUAUCAAAAACAAAAAUAGUUGUACCAAAAUCUGUAUUUUUGUUUAGUAUCGAAUAAAACAUCUGCAAAAGCAUUUAGAAAAAAAACAAUACAACGACAUAAAAAACAACUUGCUUGUGGGUCAGUGUUAAAAAGUAUUUCUAAAAAAAUAUUCAUGCUCAUCAAAUUUCAAAGGAAAACAACAGCUGUUUUUGGUUUUUAAAUAAUUCUGGAAUGAAUAAAACCACGUGAAAUGUUACGAAACUUUGUAAUAUUUUGGGGCAACUAUAAAAAGUACAACAAACUCAGAGAACAAAUCAAGUUUAAAGAAGAAAAUAGGUAUUUUCUUAAAACUAGGCCAAUAGUUAAAUAGUAAGCUGAAUAAAAGAGUGAAACUAUUUUAGUAUUCUCCCUCUGUACCUUAACCUUAACUCACUGUAAAUGAAAUCUAAAAAAUACGGAAAAAUUUAACAUAUUCCAUAUUGAAACAUUUUACAUGUUUUAAAAUAAUUAUUCGGCUACCCAAAAAAUCACACCAUGGAUGAAGAAUAAUAAUGAAAAUGGUAUGAACAUAAUGUACUUGAUGAAAGAAGAACAACUAUACGGCUUGCAAACUCAACUAUAAAUAAAACAUGAAUUUCAUUUCAAAGAUAUAAUUACUGGGGAACUAAAAGAAGUAAAUAACCAGACUAUGUACAAAACAAAAUUUUUAAUUUAAAGUACAGUUGAUAAAUGUCUCUCAAAAUUGUCUUGGUUUCUUCAAAGGGGUUUAUAAAAAGAUUGAAACACAAACCAAAAUUAACACUUCAAGAGUGUGCAAAACAAAAAGGGAAAAAACUAAAAAUCCGUAAGUUUAAAACAAUAUUGAUAUUUGCAAAUACUCCAUGACCUACCCAUGAUGUAUUACAAGCACGAUUAGUAGGCUUGUACCACCAAAGUAGUUCCAAAUAAAUAUGAUAUGGAUAUUAAAUUUAAAAAAAUGCUAUUCGAAAUAAUGCAGCUCAAGCAGUAGUAAAACAUUAACAGCAAUUGUCUUCUUAUUGCUUGAUACAAAUAAUUCAUCUCAACUUAAAAGUUAUAUCUUUCAAAAAUCUUGAUAUAAUUCUGAUCUAAAUGGCGAAUGUUUCAUUCCUAAAUAUUCAAAAUUUAGCAGUACUCUGAUAAACGUUGGAAUAUGUACGGAAAAGACAUGUUGGUGCACUUCUUUCUUCUUCUCACGAAACAAAAAAAAAAACAAAAUACAUUCAUACCAAAUCCUAUUCAAUUAAAAAUUCUAGAAUGUUGUGAAUUUAUUCACUAAAAAUAUUCAAAAUUAAUCAAUUUGAAUAAAUUUCCAUUUUUUCUACAGUUCAAUUUGUAUAUAACACGCGCAUUUGCAGUUUGAUCUAAUGGGCAGCUAUAUCAAUCAAUCUUUAAAAAACAGUUACCGUUGUGCACCAUGUUGCAAGUCAUAUUUAUGUCAACAUACACAUUUGCAAAUGAUAUGAGUUUUGCUAAAGAGUAAACAACUUCAAAAACAGCUGAUAGACUGUCGAACAAAGCUGUCAACAGCAUUACCUGAGUGUUUUUUUAUGAAACAAGAAAUGAUAUGAAUUUCAAUUAAUUAUAUAUGAUUUAGUGCGCUACAGUAGCGGUAAAGAAAGAGAAAAAAACGACAACAUAAAUGACCGGUACUUUGACAUACAAAACACACAAAUAUUAAAGCAAGAUCAUGGGCAAAAUUCUACAAUAGCUUCAAUUUCCAUCGCAAUAACUAUAAAAUCAAUAGACAACGCAGAUUAAUCAACCAAAAAGGGUGCCUUUAAACAAAAGCAUGUAUAAAUAAUGAAAAAUUGAUAUAGUACACAAGCUAUAAAAUCAUAUUAUACUUACAAAUUUUAUUUAUAAAGAAAACAAUAACUUGCUUCACAAAACACCUGGUUGAUGAAGUAGGUUUUAUGGUUAAAUGUCCAAACUGAAAGAAACGCAGGCAACAUACAACAACAAUAGCUUAGACAGAUAAAAUUCAAAUAGAUGGGCAAAAUAAAAUAUUUUGACGCGGAUACAUUAUAAGGCUAUCAUAUAGAUUGAACCAAAUCAAAACAGGCAAACGGGAAUUAAGUGCAAAAUGAAACAAAAAUAAACAAAGAGCGAAUUAUAGUCAUGCGAAUAUGAAGAAUGGCAACGAAUAGCAAUUAAAAUAUUCUGUUGGUAAUGUGAACAAAUUCGUAGAUAGACAAAUGUAUUUCGAAUUGACAUAGGAAGAAACAACAAAGCACUUAGGCGUAAUGAAAUUAAUAACAACAACAGAAAUUCAACAUUGUUUCUUUUAAUCAAACCGUGCAAUGAACAGUUUAUUGUUGUGAAUGCCAUGCAUAGUAAAACAUAUAGGACCGUGAGAGUUGUGUUGUAACUUAGUGUGAAAACAGUGAAUAGGCAUAAAGGCUUAUGUGAUACAACAUAUACCAGGAAUUAUGGAAGAAGGAAGCAAGAAAAUAAUAUAUGCGGCAAAAGCAUAAAAUUAAUAGUAUAUGGAAAUGUUUUAACACAAAUUCAGGCCUUACAAACAUAGCAGACAUAAAUACAAGAACAACCCAAAACGUUCAUCAAUCUUUUCAUUAUAUCUGCUGAACAAACUAAGCCAUACGGGAUAGUACAUACAAUUGUGCCGGUGUAAUUGACGAGAAAGUGGAACAUAUGUAAAUUAUAAACUUUAAAGUGAAACCAAAUAACUCAUGCCGUAAUACCUCAACAUACAAACAAAAAUGCAUACCAAUGCAGAUAUUAAAACGAACCAGAAAGAAGAAACUGAAAGUGAGAUAAACUAAACGGAAUGAAUUAAAAUUUUACCAACCUAGAUCAUCAAAAUAAUGUAUAAUUAUGCUGGCGAUGAAUUCAACCCAAAAACUACAAUUAUAGUUUUUGCAAACAAAAAAAACUCCUCUACACGUACUGUUUAUGUAUAUCACCAGGAAACGAUCAUAAAAAGACAUUACAUAAUGAUCUUCAAUGUUUCUCGUCAAUGAAUGGUUUUCGAAAACACUAUUCAAACAAAAAAAUAAUUCAACUCAAGCUAAGUAACAGUGAUUAAAAAGCACACAAAAAGCCACGAUAAGAUGUGAACAAUUUAGAAAUACAAUUUUUAAGGCAAAACGGUGGCAAAAACAGACGUAAUUAUUACAUUCCAACUUCAUGUGAUUCAAAGAAAUGUUGUUUAUAGGUUGUAAUACGUGCAAUUAUGUUAUAUGAAUAGAAUUACAGAUACAGAUACUGUUUGUUUGUCUUGUAGGAGAAUGAAGGUUUUGAAAUAGCUGAUUAGAUUGCUUGGUUUAUUAUUUUGGUGUUACUUUUCUGCACUGCACGUGUAUGAUACUGCAGUAAAAAUUGCGCCACUGAUGUGUGAAUUAUUAUUCUUGUGUUAUUUUGUUAAUUACGUUUUGUUACAUUUCCUGUUGCUGCGAUGACCCUACAACGUAAUGCGAUGUCCCUGUUUAUUUUUCUUCUUAUAUUGUACAUUGAAUGCCAAUAAUCUUUAAUAUUCUAUUAAGUAGCUUCCUCAUUGCGAUUGAUAAACCUACAAUUGUUUUGAUUUUGAUUUGAUUUUUUUUUUAUUAGUUUUCACUGUGAUGUUUUGCUCGUGUUAACAUAAAAUGUAACAGUAAUAUGUAUGAUUUGGUACCUUUUUUUGGUUUUGUUUGUGUGAGUUUCAUUUUUUUUUUUAUUAAGGCCCUGUUCUUGUCGAUUUCAUCAACAUAGGUGAAAAAUGAAGUAUUGUUGACUCCUGAACAUUAUGAAUAUGAAGCACACUGGAUAAAUAAAAGUAACCAUAAGCUAGAAAGUUAUAAGCUUACGUAAAAGCAUAACAAAAAAAAAGAUAUUAGCGUGUGUGAGUUUUUGUUACUGACAAAGCAAUUAAAAUAAAACAAAUCCUUAGUGAACAAAAAUGUACCUAAUUGAAUGCUAGCCGAAACGAGAAAAAGCAGAACACAAAUCCCAAUAUAUUUAUGUAGUUUAUACAAGCUCAUGUAAUGUUAUAGAAAGAUGGUCUUAGCACAAUAAUGUUGCUCUGAAACGCAAAUAACAAACAGCGAUUAUUAACAGAACAGAUGUGGGAAUCGCAAUUAGAAGAAUUGCAUAAACCUACGUCAUGAGGUAAUGCAAUGCCGUACAUACACAAAUUCUAUGGUACACCAUUCUAAAAGAUACGCGUUAUAUAAAAAAUUGGACACAUGCAAGUAUAUAGAAUACACUCACACACAGACACACAGACAGACAGACACACACACACACACACACACACACACACACACACACACACACACACACACACACACACACACACACACACACACACACACACACACACACACACACACACACACACACACACACACACACACACACACACACACACACACACACACACACACACACACACACACACACACACACACACACACUUA